AACCCCAGAGGGACUGCCCCAGGCUGACUCUCUGCUCCUUUCCAGCCAGAGCCACCACCUUGCCCCCAGGAGACCAAAAAAAUGGCACCCAAGAGAGCCAAGAGAAGGGCAGCAGAGGGCGGAGGUUCCAAUGUCUUCUCCAUGUUUGACCAGACUCAGAUCCAGGAGUUCAAAGAGGCCUUCACUGUAAUUGAUCAGAAUCGAGAUGGCAUCAUUGACAAGGAGGAUCUGCGGGACACCUUUGCAGCCAUGGGUCGCCUCAACGUGAAGAAUGAGGAGCUGGAUGCCAUGAUGAAAGAAGCUAGUGGUCCCAUCAACUUCACCGUCUUCCUGACCAUGUUUGGGGAGAAGCUCAAGGGUGCCGACCCUGAGGAUGUCAUUACUGGAGCCUUCAAGGUCCUGGACCCUGAGGGAAAGGGUUCCAUCAAGAAACAGUUCCUGGAGGAACUGCUGACCACACAGUGUGACCGCUUCUCCCAGGAGGAGAUCAAGAACAUGUGGGCGGCCUUCCCCCCUGACGUGGGUGGCAACGUAGACUACAAGAACAUCUGCUAUGUCAUCACACAUGGCGACGCCAAGGACCAGGAAUAGGGGGA